AUGCAAUUGUUGGCAUUGGAGUAUCCUCAGGUGUUCAACGCGAAAGCUGAGCUGAUACUAAAUGAUGCUCUUCAACAGAUGAUAUAUGAGAGCGUGCUACAUCAGGCAGACAGGCCUUCCCGCUCAUACUAUCUACGCUUUGUCAAACUGUUGAUCGAGACACUGGAGCGACAUGACCAGGCGAUCAACGAGACAAUCUUGGAGGACUUCACUACAUCGUAUUCAGCGCAGGCACCCGCCAAGGAGUACAUAUACAAGUCGUACUGUAUCACUGAUGACAAAUGGAUCACACUAAAGAACGAGGCUGUCUACAACCUCGUCGGCAUGACAACAUGGGGCGCUGCAUAUCUCUUGUCCGACUUCAUCCUGGCCAACAAACAACUCUUUCAAGGACACUCAGUACUAGAACUUGGCGCUGGCACAGGCCUAGUCGGAGUCGUACUCAAUCAACUCAAACCAGACAUCAAACAAGUGGUCCUCACAGACUAUGCCCCAGUCGUACUUAACAAUCUCAUUGACAACAUGAACAUAAAUGGCAUCCAAGUCAAUGACCUUGUGAGCAACAACACGAAUGAUCAAUCAUCAAAGAAGGAGGAUAUGUCAGUGGUCGAGUUUGAUUGGGAGGCAGACUUUGAUCAAUGCGAUCCAUUUGUUAAACAAUGUGAAGUGAUUGUUGGCGCAGACAUUGUUUACGAACCAUCAUUAUGUCGUUAUUUAGUAUCAGUACUCAAUCAAUUACUUCAACAUGGCAAUAAUCGUGUGGCAUACAUUGCAUCAACAAUUAGAAACGAGUCCACAUUUGCAACAUUCCAACAAGUAUUGGACGAACAUCAACUCCUCGUCACGGACAUCACUCACACCUCAUCCUAUCUCACACCAUCACCAUUCGAAUAUGAUCGUACUCAAAUAGUACUAUUCCAAAUACAGCUGCGGCCAACACAUUAA